UCUUGCUGAGGGCUAAUGUAAUUAUGAGCUGUCAUAACCUUAAGAAAAUAAAGUCCAAAUAGGCUUUCUUCAGAUUUUUGAGUGAUCUACCUCGGACUUAAAAACGACCUUGAACAUUAAUAUUUCUGUGCAGUAGGUAGCUAGUACCAAAAGCUAUAAAUUAAUGACUAAAAUAUUUGGCAACAAGAUAUAACACUUAAGUUAUCCAUGUGCGUUGUUUGUUUCUAAAGCACCUUAACAGAGGCAUAGUUUAAAAAACACAAAAGGCAUUCACACGUUUUAGAAGCACACCCUAAACUGACUUUAACUUCUUUCUGUCCUUCUCAUAAAGCGCAUGCCAUUGCUGGUUGAAACAUGUUAGUGCUUUAUUUUACGGAAGUGGGUUUCCUAUUUCUGAUUUGACUAGCAAUGUUUUUCUAUAGAAAAAAAAUUUUGGAAGCCCAAGCCUCAUAAUUGCACAGGAGGAGGCUUACAAGCAACAAAUGGCUUCAAGCAUCUUAGUGGAGUUCAAGUGUAGUUCAAGCUCUGUUUUAUUUGGAAAAAGUAAUGAGUUUUCAGAAUGAGCAUUAGCAGCUUAGGUUGUUUGCAGAUGAGGGUUCAGUUCCGCACACUUCUGUGUGUUCUGCUGAAUCUUCAGGGCCUGCUCAUAUGAGGCAGGUUACCUUCCAGGAGACUUCAACAGAAGCAGACUACAAAGGUUCCUUAAAGUGCCAGAAAAAGGUUCUUCUGCAGAUUGUGUUUUGAUUUUUUAAGCUCUCAACACACACUUCUCUGGAGCCGAUGUUUUCCUAAUGCUCUGAGCUUGGCUAGGAGUCUGCUUUACUGGAAUGCUUUAAAGGGUUAAAAACCCUUUAGGGUUUGAAAUAAAUUUUAAUUAAUUGAAGGAAAUAUUUCUGGCAUCACCAAAGAAGUAACUGGGAUCAUGGAUCAGAACAACAGCUUGCCACCCUAUGCUCAAGGCUUAGCCUCCCCUCAGGGUGCAAUGACUCCAGGAAUUCCAAUUUUUAGCCCAAUGAUGCCAUAUGGCACAGGACUGACACCGCAGCCUGUCCAGAGCACCAACAGUCUGUCCAUCCUGGAAGAACAGCAGCGGCAGCAGCAGCAGCAGCAGCAGCAAGCAGCACAGCAAUCUACAUCACAGCAAGCAACGCAGGGCACGUCCGGUCAAACGCCCCAGCUCUUCCACUCACAGACUCUUACCACGGCCCCUUUACCAGGAACCACACCUCUGUACCCCUCUCCGAUGACUCCAAUGACUCCAAUAACUCCUGCAACACCGGCAUCCGAGAGCUCUGGGAUAGUGCCACAGCUACAGAAUAUUGUUUCCACGGUUAAUCUUGGUUGCAAACUUGACCUAAAAACCAUUGCGCUUCGUGCCCGAAAUGCUGAAUAUAACCCCAAGCGGUUUGCUGCUGUUAUUAUGAGAAUAAGAGAACCUCGUACUACUGCACUUAUAUUCAGCUCUGGAAAAAUGGUGUGCACAGGAGCAAAAAGUGAAGAGCAGUCCAGACUGGCAGCAAGGAAGUAUGCUAGAGUUGUCCAGAAGUUGGGUUUUCCAGCAAAAUUUUUGGAUUUUAAAAUUCAGAACAUGGUGGGGAGCUGUGAUGUGAAAUUUCCCAUCAGAUUAGAAGGAUUGGUACUUACACACCAGCAGUUCAGCAGCUAUGAGCCGGAAUUGUUUCCUGGCUUAAUCUACAGAAUGAUCAAGCCAAGAAUUGUUCUGCUUAUUUUUGUUUCUGGAAAAGUGGUUUUAACUGGUGCUAAAGUUCGAGCAGAAAUCUAUGAAGCAUUUGAAAACAUCUAUCCUAUUUUAAAGGGAUUCAGAAAGACAACGUAACAGUUUCUACGAAAUUUGGCGAAAUCAGGGGUACAUUUUAAAAGGUAUAUGGCACAGCAGUAACAAGAGAUGGACUUUCAUUGAAACUGCAACACCAGGACUUGGACUGUUUCCCAGUUAGUGCCUAUUUCCCUGAUACUCAAGGGGAAUUGUAUUAUUGAUUACGUCUACUGAGUUACUGUGAGUUGCUUUAUUGGGCUGUUCCUGGAGCAGUCUCUCCAAGUUUUAUUUAUAAUCUAGCUUUUAAAUAGUUUUAACGCCAGUUCUAUUAAUAGAAAAUCCGUAAGUUGGUUUGAAAGACAAAUGCAACCAUGUCACUCAGUGUAUAAACCACUUAAAUUGCCAUGUAUAUAUGUUUUAACUUCCUUCCAUAAAACCAUGAUUUUUAUAAUUUUCAGAACUUAAGCUUUUAAAUUUUUUCAUUUUUAAUUUUUUUUUUGGUGCCAGACAUUCCCUCAUUCCAGUGUUAAGCAAGACAGAAUAAAUUUAUUAAUGAAAUGGUUCACUGUACAUAUAUAUAUAUAUAUAUAUACACAUAUAUACACACACACACACACACACACACACUUCCUCUUCCUCCCCUUCAGCCCCAAUUGUACAAUAAACCCUGUUUAUACAAGUAUGGGAACUGUCUUAAUGAAUUUUAAAAUUACCCAACCAGUAGAGUGAAAUAUAUUGAAAACUUUUUCAAUUUGAUCCAAUUUUUUCAAAAGCACAUGCACUACUGUAGAUGACUUGUCAUUUUGAGAAAACCUCACGUGUUCUGGCUUGCUUACCAGCAGUCAUAUCCUUGGCAACAUCUUGCUUAGUAUUUCUAGUAUCUUAUAGUAAAGGAGAUUACAGUAUCAAGAAGUUCCUGUUUAAGUAUGUAUUACUUCUCCUUCAACAGAUGGGAUUUAAGCAAAUCAUAAAUAGCUAUGUUUGAUUGAAUCGUAACAAGAGGCUUCUGCUUAGCUUCUAGGAUUUCUUUAAAUUACUACCUUUGUAUUUUACAAAUCUCACUAUAUUAGUGUUCCUGUAAAAUGUCAAAGCCCCUCCAAACAGUCAGUAUGUACAUAAUCUUCCCUUUGGACUGUACUUGAAGCUUAACAGGCUGAGAACUAAAAAUAAAUUGUGUUUUUUCCUCCCGUGCA